UGGGCUGCGGGGCAACGGCCACUGGUCUGCCUCCGCGCGCCUUUCGAGCUCCGCGGCGGUGAGCGGCGGGCGGAGCAGCCUUUGGGGGCCCCGAUCUCGCCCAGGCCGGAGCGGCUGCAAGGAGGCCGGGGGCGCUGCGGUGCCGAACGGGGCGGAGAUUCGCCUUUCACCUGCAGGCGGGCGGGAUGGCGGAGCGGCCGGAGGACCUGAACCUGCCCAACGCGGUCAUCACGCGGAUCAUCAAGGAGGCGCUCCCCGACGGAGUCAACGUCUCGAAGGAAGCGCGGAGUGCUAUCUCGCGGGCUGCCAGCGUCUUCGUCCUCUACGCCACCUCCUGCGCCAAUAACUUUGCAAGGAAGGGGAAGAGGAAGACGCUGAAUGCCGGAGACGUCAUUUCUGCUAUGGAAGAGAUGGAAUUCCAGCGAUUUGUUGGGCCCCUCAAGGAAUCCUUAGAAGCUUACAGGAAUGAGCAGAAGGGCAAAAGGGGAGUGACGGACCUCAAGAAAAAGGACAGAGAGAAGAAGGAAGAUGCUGAGGACCCUGACAAGAAUCGGGAAGGGGAUGAAAAUGAGGAGGAGGGAGAGAGGAUGGAGGAGGAGGAAGAGGAGGAGGAGGAAGCACAGCAGCCAAAUGAGGAGGAGGAAGAGCAGCAGCCAAAUGAAGAGGAAGAAGGGGAGAGCUGAGUUGUGGCGGGGGUGGUGGGGAAGUGAGGGGAGAAAGCCAAUGGAAAGAAACACAACUCUCUCCUUUUGUGCUGAAAAUGGCUCUGCGGGUUCUGGGGGCACCUCAGGGAAACUCCUUGCCUUCUCUCCCCAGUUGGAAAAUAUGACUGACGUGGCAUCAGGGGCUUCUUUCUGGGCAUGCGAACGCUGCUUGAAAGGGGCACCACUUAUCUUUCCUUGUGCCGGGGAUGCUCUGGUUUUGGCUUAAAAAGACUUUCUCCGCACCCUCGGUGUGUGUUUUUCUUCGGCGCUUCAUUGAACAGGGUUUAAUUAAAAGUUGUAUUUGCAGAAAAAAGUUCCACUCUUUUUUAAAUUCUUUUUAAACAAAACAACACAUACAAAAUA